GUAUUGAUAGUCCUUCAGGAAUUUGUCUACGAUACCUGAUAAUGACAAUAAGUAUCAAAUCAACAUAGCUAAGUUGUCGAAUGAAAAAACAAAUAAUAUAGAGCUAUACUGUGCACAGAAACACUAAAAUAGGAGAGGCAAUCCAAUAUUAUAUUAAAAUAAAUUCAGAACACAGUUAAUUAAAGCAGGAGACAAAUAAAACCGAUUCGAUUUAGGAAUCAAUAAACCACUAGAACUGAGACUAGCUUUGAAAGAUCAUACAAUAUAUGUCCUUAACAUUCUAUUUAUCUCAAAAAUAGCAAAUCUGAUAGAACAAGUUCUGUGAUCGGAGCAAUUAAACAGAGUAAUCGAAUUCGGAAUUGAAUUUCUAAAAGAAAAG